UGCUAGAGACAAAAAGACCAGACGAAGAGGAAGAUACACUUGGCAAAUCAUUAAAUAAAACGUUUAAACAACGAUUAGAGGCAAAACCAUGAGUCACUCUACAUUUCGCACCUCUUAUCACCGCACUUUCGGGGCACCUGUCUAUAGCCCUGUGUCCAGUCACAUAGGGGGCCGCUACAUCUCCUCCUCUAUUCCCACCCGCUCUGUGGACUUCAGGAGCCGCUCCAGUGCUCCGGCCCCCCGUCUCUCUUAUGAUAAAUUGGACUUCUCACUAGCAGGGGCCAUCAACCAGGAGUUCCUUGCCACACGCAGCAAUGAGAAAAGAGAACUACAGGAACUCAAUGACCGCUUUGCCAGCUUCAUAGAGAAGGUCCGGUAUUUAGAGCAGCAGAACUCAAAGCUGAUUCUGGAGCUGGGUCAGUACAAGGACCAGCAGCAAGGGCCAUCAGGCCGCAUCAAUGAGCUGUGCCAGCAGGAGAUGAGAGAGAUGCGCAGACAGCUGGAACUGAUGGGCAAAGAUCGAGACCAGAUGCAGGUGGAGAGAGAUAACCUGGCCGAAGAUGUGGCUCUGCUCAAGCAAAGGUUAAAUGAGGAGAUGCAGAAAAGACAGGAAGUUGAGAAUAAUUUGACUCUCUUUCGUAAGGAUGUGGAUAAUGCUACACUUGCUCGUCUGGAACUGGAGAGAAAGAUUGAAUCUCUGAUGGAUGAGAUUGAGUUCCUCAAAAAGAUGCAUGAUGAGUAUCUAAAUUACAUGCUGGUGUAUUACCUCAAAGAAGCUGAUUAUGGUCAGUUUUCUGAUACUGGACCUGGAAAGAAAGUCCUAAUCAAGACCGUUGAGAUUCGUGAUGGAGAGGUGGUGAAAGAAUCUACAAAGGAAAAGAGCAGAGAUGUGAAAAAAGAUUAUCAUGGUCAAGGAGCUUCUGAAAAAGAUUAGAAUGUGAAUUCUAAUUCAAUUCAUUCAUUAGAAAUGAAUGCUUGAUGAGUUAUUAAUCGUGUGUUGCAAUUUUAAAGGAACUGUAAUAGUACAAUGUAGGCACAGUUUACAAUGAUGGUAGCAGUGUAGUGAAUAAUCAGCAAGUAUUUGACUCUGUAUUGUGUAUAAUAUGGUGCUAUUACUAUAUAUGAGCAUAAAAUGACAAUGCUUUAACUAAUAAAUCAUGUAUGC